GCCCUAGUGCUUGAUAGAGAAAAAAGCUUGAUCCUGAAACAUCUGUUGAAGGUGCAAAGCAAGAGUUUAAAACCCUUUCCUAAUUUCACUAGGCAGUUGGUUCCACAAAGAAGCGUUGUAAGAUGGCUUAAUGUGGCUGCACACAAAGUGGAGCAUUUCAGCUGCAAAGAUGCAAGCAAAUCCCUGUUCAGCUUCUGUUGAACACUUGUAGGCAUUGCUGAUUUCAAAGGGUAAUUUUUUUUGUAUUAAGGAUUUCUCUGAAGAUAACAUUUGCUAAAAUGAAGCCAUAUCCUGAAAUAGGCUAUGGACAGAGCAGGUUAAAGCAAAUGUGGAGCUACUGGCUUCAUUAUUGUAACAUUUAUUUAAAUCCUUAUACUACAGAAAACAUCCAGUUCGAGUGUUUCUGUUGAGAAUGUUUUGUUCCAUUAUUUUUAUUCCAUUGUAAAGACAGUCAGACUGAAAAAAAAAGUGACUUAAAACUGUGCACAGAGAGAUGAGACAGGAGAGUGGAGCCAAAGCCUCCAGGCCCUACCCUUGGUUACUGGCCACUGGACUGAACAUUUUAUUGUGGUGAAUCUGGGGGACCAGCUAAACAGCAUUCAGAUGUUCUAAGUUGUUUGAAGGCUUUCAAGAUAGGAAAUGCAGCUUCUUGACUAAUCACAGACCUUGUAUCAUCUGAACUAUAACUUAUACCUCAGAAAUUUGGGAGCAAAUUUUUCCUUCCAUUUGGCAGUAUAGGCUUGAUAGUUUGCUUGCUCAAGUUGCUAAUUUAGGAGUAGUACAAAAUACCUAGCUUUUUUUUCCUUUCUGCAUUUUAUAUUAGAAGAUCACAGAGAUAGCUAUGUCCACAUGGUAAUGACAGUCCUGUUCAGAAGUGUUUGUUUAAAAUUGACUGCAUAAAAGUGGGGAAAACUCAGAAUGUCCAGUUUCACACAGAGGGAACUGAAGGACAGAGAUUACAGGAGUAUUUCAGUAUUGGACACCCAAUGCCAGUAGAAUUGAAUCUUGCCUUGGCUCAGAGCCAGAUCUGAGUUCCAUGCUGCCUCUGUAGUUUACCUGAGGGCAUCAUCUCUGUAAAAAACCUUUCAAAACAGGUGGGAAUUAUGGAUGUACACUCCUCUUCAGAAACAGUUUCAUAACUAUGUAAUUUAAAAUAUAAAGUUUGAGAGUGAGCCAGUUCUGCAAGUCAAAGAAGCUGGGAGCAGAAAAAAGCAAGAUGAAUGCAUCUGGAGGAAGCUGUGGCAGCCCUAGUUCUGCAGAACUUACAGGAGAUUUCUUCAAAGAACUCUGGUCCAAACUGAAAGAAUGCCAUGAUAAAGAAGUACAAGGCUUACAGCUGAAAAUAUCUAAGUUGAAAAAGGAAAGAUGCUUGGAUGCAGAGAGGCUUGAAGAGUUCUAUACCAAAAACCAACAGCUCAGAGAACAGCAAAAAGCACUUCAUGACACUAUCAAGGUUUUAGAAGACAGAUUAAGAGCGGGGUUAUGUGAUCGCUGUGCUGUAACCGAAGAACAUAUGAGAAAGAAGCAGCAAGAGUUUGAAAAUAUCCGGCAGCAGAAUCUCAAACUUAUAACUGAGCUUAUGAAUGAAAAAAACAACUUACAGGAUGAGAAUAAAAAGUUAACUGAACAGUUCCAGCAAUUACAGAAGGAGCUAGAGGUGCAAAAGCAACAAGCAGUGGAGGCAGAAGAAGUUAUUCCAGAUUCUCCAGUUGUAACAUCUUCGUUUUCUGUGGUUAAUCGUAUGAGAAGGAAAAAAGAGAACAGGCAUGUCCGAUACACAGAACAUACACCUCCAGAUUUGGAACUUAGGGAAAGCAACGGUGAGUUUGGAAAGAUUCCACUUUUUUCCACACAAGUGAGCACUCACCAUGGAGGAGAGAUACUAGUGACAGACACCUGUGAUCCACAACUGUCCCCUGUGCCACAUAAACCAAGGGUGGGAGGAUACCCUGUUCCAAAGCCAUCUUUUAACUUGGCUGCAGUCGUUGCAGAAACAAUUGGACUUAGUGUUGAAGAGGAGUCUGAGUCCCAGAGUGUACUGAAUCUUCCCCUCACUAAUACAGUUAUGAGCCAGGCCUCAGAGAGCAUGCAGUCUGAAGACUCAAGAAAACAUCCAGCUUCUGAAUCAAGAAAUGAUGACAACAAUUUAGGUAUUUCAGAUCCAUCUCAUAACACUCCACCACGUGAUGACUGGGAUUCUCGGGUAGCUUCUCCUGUUUUUGGAGCUGCUAGCAGUGUGAAGAACAAUUCAAGUACAGUUCAUGCUCCUUGUAUUUUAGAUUCAGGAUUGAAGCCUCAUCUCAAAACCAACCUCUUCAACAAUCCAUCCAGUUCCAGAUCUCAUAAAAGUAGAUCAAAAUCUGAAGAUGUUGCUUUUGUUGCACCGCUGAAUCUUGGGACAGAAAUCAACUCGGUUAUCAGUCAGGGCUCUGUCCAUAGGCAAAUGGUUGUGAAAAAGAAUUCUAUUGAGGCUGUAACCUGUGUUGGAAACACCUGCACAGCUAAAAAUGAGGUGAUCAACAGCGAUGUCCUUCUUGUAUACCAAAAGCAGCUGGAAGGCAGGUGUGCUAAGAGGAAGAAAGCUGAAGAUGAUCAUGCAGUUAGCUGUGAGAAAACAUCAUUCAGCAAAGAGAACUCUGUGCCCUUUCGAUCUGAUGUUCAGCAGGUUAAUGGGGAACAUGCAGGGGAUAAGCCCUUGGAUCUGUCUGAUCGCUUCUCUGCAGUUCGUGGUCAAGAGAAAAAACAAGGAAGUGAGGAGACAUACAAAAACAGACUGAAGCAAGUGACUCUGCAUGACAUUUUUUCACACAUAGGGAAGGCCAUUCCUGAAGGUUCGUCAUCCGUUCAAAAUGCCAACAAUGAGAGCUGUUUGUUUGGCAGAGAUUUACAAGAGGAAUCCUGUGUACAAGAGGCAGUACUGGGAAAAACAUUCCCUGACAGGAAAAACCAGAUGCCAAUGAAAGAAGAAGUUCCUCCCUUCAAAUUUGCACCACUGCCAAGUUCUGCAGAGACAGAGGAACUUUUUGAUGAUGUAAAGGUUGCCAGUGGCCAUGUACCAAAUAGAAAGAAAACAAGGACAGGACAUGGAGAGUCUGAACCAGCAUCUGUACUUCAGCCAAACCCUUGUAGACUAUCAAAAAGUAAAGCACAGCAAAAUGAGCAAGACCUGAAAGAUAAACCUUCUUUAGAAAACUUCCAGUGGAGCAUAGACCCAGGAGCUGACCUUUCACAGUACAAAAUGGACAUUACUGUGAUUGAUACAAAGGGUGGUUCUCAGACCAGAGUUGGAGGGGAAGUUGUUGAUAUGGAUUAUACUUAUGUUAGUGACAGUGUGCUAUUAGAAAUGAAAAAUCAACAGGAAAGCAGUCCACGAGGAGAAAUAACAAAUAUGUUUGAUCAGACAACCCAUGAGGAAUAUGAAUCCUGCCUACCAGAAGAUAGUCCUCCUGUGUGUGAUGAAAAAGAAACUCUUCAUGAUGAAGAGCAGGAUAAGGGAAUAACAGCAGCAAGCAAGAAACUAAAGAAACAUGAGGAUAAACAAGAUAAAGCCAAGCAGAAAGCUUUUGUGGAGCCUUAUUUCAAAAGUGAUGAGAGAAAGAAUACUGUGUUAGAUUUUCCUCAUAUUGAGGUUAUUCGAAAAAAAGAAGAAAGAAGAAAAUUACUUGGCCACACUUGUAAGGAAUGUGAAAUAUAUUAUGCAGACAUUCCAGAAGAAGAAAGAGAGAAGAAACUAGCUUCCUGUUCAAGACAUAGAUUUCGCUACAUUCCUCCAAGUACUCCUGAAAAUUUCUGGGAGGUUGGAUUUCCUUCCACCCAAACCUGUGUGGAAAGAGGCUACAUUAAAGAGGACCUUGCUCCCUGUCAACGUCCAAAAAGGCGGCAGCCCUAUGCUGUGAUGUUUUCUCCAAAAGCAAAAGAGCAGAAGACAUAAAGGAUGGGGAAGUGAGAAGUGUCAGCCUGAAGUGGAUCUCUCCUGUCCGUAGAUAUUUAUAGUUAAUAUAAACUUGAAAUAAAGAACUGUGUUUUCCACAAUUACAGAUAAAUUGUUUAAUUGAAUAUGUAAAUUUUAUAAAAUUCAUUUGCAAGUCUGAUGUACCAGGAAACAAAAUUAUUUAAUGUAUGUUUGUUUCAUAUUGUGUUAAUACAUUUUGUAUUCAUUUUUGCACCUGUCAGAGAGGUCUCCUACUUUUUUUUUUUUUUUUAAGGCAAACAGCUGAAAUUCCAGCAAUUCCUGUCUGAACUUUGUGUCAGUGAGUAACUGCUUUGAAGUUACUGAAAUCAGUUGUUCUUGCAAGAGUAAAUGUCUGUCAAUGGGAACAGAAAUGACAAUUUUCUAGGGUGCUUUUAUUUUGCUCUGGAUUUUCUUGUAUUUCUUUUCUCUUGUUGCAAUAAUGGUUGUAUCUACUUGGAAUAAAGCUGUAUUAAAUAUGAAA